UGAGCCUAUGUUGCACGAAUGACACUCACAUACCAGACAAACGCCGCCACCUUGUGGUUCCAUCUGUGUACUGCCAUUAAGAACCUUAUCUUCGCAGUAGAAAGGAUAUUGGAGUCUUUCAAGCUGGACAAGUGAAAGAGGCGGCGCGACGCCGAAAAACGCUGGAAAAUGUCACUGUUUGACGUUUUUUAAAUCAGAACUGUAUGUUUUCGGCCAACAAUACCCGGAAAUUACGCUUGGUUACGACUAAGAAGGUGUACCAAAGAAGAAAUGCUAUAUGUAGCCCUCUGGAAGGAUUACGUUACUGUGCAUUGCAGCGAGACCGGGUAUAACUUCUAAUAACUAACGCUGAAUGACAUUUGUUAAGACGUAAACAUUUUGUAUUGUGGCGCGUCUGUUUUCAAACCGCGAGUGCGAACAAAAUGGAGGGUAACGCGCUUUCGUUGUGCUGUGUGUAUACGGUGCACUCGCGUUUAGCCGAGUGUCCGUGCUGAUCGUGGUUUUUCAGGGUGUUUAUAGGAUACAUUUGAUAGACACAGAAAGAGACAUCUAAAGAGUAAAAACCGUGACGUUACUCAUUAUGUGUAUCAUUUCAAACGCCUUAGCUACACUUCAGGAACCUAAAAUAAUACAAGGGAAAACCUAUACCACAGAAUGACUGAUCUGGGGGAUGUAGCAAGUGUUCCGAGCUCCUCCGGCCAAGGCGGAGCUGGGCUGAGUUUCACCACGGGGGAACUCUCCGGCCGGAUGCGGAGUGUGCCCUCCUCCACUCCACCAGGAAGACUGACUUCUCUCAGAACCAGGGACCUGACACUGGGUGGAGCCCUCAAAAAACCAAAGAAAACCUUUGAGCCAAACGUUCAUGCUGUGAGGAAAAACAAAGAUGAAUUGAAGGAAGAGGUCUAUGUGGCUCCAAGAAAGGAGAGAAGAGAGAGGGAUGAGAGGAGGAGAGAGAACAGAGGGAGGAGGAGCGAAAGGCCUCACACCAUCCAGUCUCAUUCCAUCUUUGAACAGGGUCCUGCUGACACUGUUCGCAAAACAGGCUGGCAUGGUGCUACAGACCUACAUGAUGCCGCCACCUCUCCUGUGUGUAAGCUGGUGAAGAAAGAGGGGAAAGGAUCAGAGGAGGAUGAACAUGAGAUACUACAGAGGGAUGAUUUCAUAGAUGACCCUGGUCUGAGUAAUGAUGCUAACCUGAAACCUAUCCGGCUGCCUCUGAGUCAGUCCAGCAGUUUCACAAAGAGUCAAAUACUGAUGUCUGCGGCAGCACGUGAGAGAGGUUCAGAGAGUAGGGCAAGCUACAGCAGAACAGAGCUGCCCAAACCAGAGCAGCUAUCCCUGGUAGAAGUGCUGCAUGAUCUCAGCUUAUCUGGCAGAGAGGAGCUCUUCUUUAUGCAGCUACCUGACUGCAUGCCAAGCAGAACACCUGGACGUAAGGUCAACCCUGCCUUUUCUACAGCUGAUAAACUUGGCAAGAUGGAAGGCAAGCCUGAAGAGAAGAGGCCUUUACAAGCACAAGAGGCUGUGGUGAAUGAGGGCUGCCCUGUGCUUUCGCAGUUCCCAGAAGGAUUUUUGGGUAAACUUCAGAUCAGGAAGUCAGGAAAAGUGGAGCUGAAGUUGGGUGACAUCGUCAUGGAUGUCUCUGAGGGAGCUGCAUUCUCUUUCCUGCAGCAACUGGUGUCGGUGCAUCUUUCUGAUGGUCGGACCGGAGACAUGAUGGUGUUAGGAAACAUCCACCACAAACUGGUUUUAUCUCCUGAGUUCCAGGCUUUACUGAAACAAGUUGGAACAGAGCAGCAGCAAGAGCCGUGAUAGUCUCUCAUCUGCUACACAGAAAUCUAGCAGAACUGAAAGUUACACAGUGAUCGACACAAAUAACGAUUUCUUUGAGUUUUACGGGAAUCCUGAUCUGAUGGGACACGAUUUUUCUUCUUUCUUUUUUUUAAAUUUGAAAAUCAUGUGAUAUAUAAGAAUGUGAUCAUUGUUAUGUUUUUUCCUCUGGUGUCAAAACAUUUUGUAAAGAUAGUAUUGGACUCAUCCUAUUGAUGUGCAAUGACUCAGUUGUAUAUUGUUACCUGUGCACUGAUGAACCAUAUACACAUCGGUGAGAAGAAAAGGAGAAUACUGUCAAUUCUAUGCAGCCCAGUACAGCACCCAACAAUAGAUGAAAGAAGACCAGCAAAAGGAAUGAACUACGUGCUUAGUGGACUCCCAGAGAAAGAUCGAGCACACUUUAAAAUUGCCACAAAGAUGACCAUUUUCCCCACAUAUAGAACCACCUUUUAUUAUGUUGUUUUGGCUUUUUAACCUAUACAUGCCUUGAUAACUGAACAUUCAUAUGAGUAUAACAGACUGACCAUGAGAUAACUGUGCACCUAUUCUCCUAUAUUUAUAUCUCAUCAUGUGUGUGUUCAGUAGAUUAACAGGUGCAAAGCAAAUGUGUAUUUCUGAACUGCACUCUUUGUUAUAAAUUUUGUAGCAUUUAGUAAACUUAGAUAUAACAGUU